CCAACAAGCGGUGUUUAGCGUGUACACACUGCCACCAGGACUAAUUUGCGGCCACUUUACGUUGAAACAAAUGCUGUUGUUUGGAGUCAAAACAACCCUUGUGUGCACAUGCUAGAGCACUGUUACAUCCACUUGAGCAAAAAGUGCUUUACUUACAAAGUGGAGUCCCAUGGCUGAGGAAAAGCAACUGAUGGUAGUCUCCGGAGAGACCCUGCACUUGUCGGGCUCAGGCCAUUGUCCUCAAGCAGCAGAAACAGAGGACGAGCGGGACGGAUGCAUAGGCGCCGCGGAGGAGCAGGCAAUCAAGAGGGGCCCCAACCUGCUGCAGAUGCUGAAGGCGGCCGAGAGCAGGUGGGCCCCCCAUCAGGGUCAGGGAAGAGAGGGAGAGGAGGCUGGAAUGGCGGAAGUCGUCACCGAGGCACUGAAGACUGAUAUGCAAAUACAGUUGACGGAGGAGAAACAAGAAUUCAAUAAGCGUCCCAUCAAGGCUGUCCCGUGCUCACUAGCUCGCUCCAUCUCACAGUCGUCCAUUGACAGCCACAGUUCAGUGGGCAGUGCCAGCUCUACGGAUGAGACUUCACCUAGAAACAAGGUGCAGAAGACAUCCAAGGGCGUCUCAGACUUUUGCAUUAAAAACAUCAAACAGGCUGAUUUUGGACGUCGUGAAAUCUGCAUUGCUGAGCAAGAGAUGCCCGCUUUGAUGGUUUUGAGGAAGAAGGUUGGUGGGGAGAAACCUCUGGCAGGAGCCAAAGUGAUUGGCUGCACACACAUCACUGCACAAACUGCGGUUCUGAUGGAGACUUUGUUAGUGUUGGGGGCUCAGUGCCGUUGGGCCGCCUGCAACAUCUUCUCCACCCAAAACGCAGUAGCCGCUGCUCUGGCAGAAGGAGGUACAGCUGUGUUUGCCUGGAAAGGGGAGUCAGAAGACGACUUCUGGUGGUGCAUCGACCGGUGCAUUGGUGCUGAGAUAUGGGAACCCAAUGUGGUUCUGGAUGACGGCGGCGACCUGACCCACCUGCUCUACAAGAAGUACCCGACACUGUUCAAGAACAUACGAGGCAUCGUGGAAGAAAGUGUCACAGGAGUUUAUCGCUUGUACCAGCUAUCAAAGGCCGGCAAUUUGUGUGUUCCCGCCAUGAACGUCAACGAUUCAGUGACCAAGCAGAAGUUUGACACUCUCUACUGUUGCAAGGAGUUGAUAUUGGAUGGGUUGAAGAGAACCACAGACAUGAUGUUUGGUGGCAAGCAGGUGCUGGUCUGUGGAUACGGUGAGGUUGGCAAAGGUUGCUGCGCCGCCCUAAAAGCGUUGGGUGCUAUUGUGUACGUAACAGAAGUGGACCCCAUCUGUGCCCUGCAGGCCUGCAUGGACGGCUUCAGAGUGAUCCAGCUGAGUGAAGUUGUCCAACACGUUGACGUGGUCAUCACCUGCACAGGUAACAAACACGUGGUGGCCAGGGAACAUCUGGACAGGAUGAAGAAUGGCUGCAUCGUCUGCAAUAUGGGACACUCCAACACAGAAAUAGAUUUGGCAAGUCUGCGUACUGAAGAGCUGCGGUGGGAGCACGUGAGACCUCAGGUGGACCACAUCGUAUGGCCAGAUGGAAGGAGAAUCGUCCUGCUCGCCGAGGGUCGUUUGCUGAAUCUGAGCUGCUCCACUGUGCCCCCCUUUGUCUUAUCCAUCACUGCCACUACUCAGGCUCUGGCCCUCAUUGAGCUGUACAAUGCUCCAGAAGGACGUUACAAACGGGAUGUCUACCUGCUGCCAAAAAAGAUGGAUGAAUAUGUGGCCAGUCUUCACCUUUCUGGCUUUGAAGCUCACCUCACUGAGCUGACUGACGAGCAGACCAAGUACUUGGGCAUCAGCAAGCAUGGACCCUUUAAACCCAACUAUUACAGAUAUUGACACCUGGACUCCGGAGACAACCUGUUUAUGGGAUGUUAUUACUCUGAAUAUUUCUUUGAAGUCUACAGUUAUCACAGUGCACUCAUGAAGGGAUAAUAAAAGGUCAGAAAUA